UCUAGAAUGAGUAAUGCGUCAGAAACGAGUAAAUGUGGAAUGGAGAGUCAGAGUGGGGACGGAAACACAGAAAUCCAAACGAAUGGACUGGACUUUCAGAGGCAGACGGUUCAGACCACAAGCGCAAUCACCAACGCACACACACAGGCUCUCCUCCAACAGUUGACCCUGUCUCCAGCGCAGCAGCAGUUGUUGUUGCAACAGGCCCAGGCCCAGCUCCUAGCAGCAGCCAUGCAGCAGCAGUCAGCCAGCCAGCAGAGCAGCACUACGGGGGCAAGCAUCUCUGCCUCUGCAGCCACCCCUAUCACACAACUGCCACUGUCCCAGCCCAUCCAGAUCACCUCUUUACAACAGCUGCAGCAGCAGAACCUGACCAUGCCCCAGUUUGUCCUGGUUCAGCCUGGCCACCACAUCGCCACCCAGCUGCAGCCUGGCCAGUUCAUCAUCUCACAGUCGCCGCAGGGCCAGCAGAGUCUCCUGCAAGGCCAGAGUCUUCUAACUCAACUACCUCAAAGCCAAGCCAACCUCCUGCAGACUCAUCCCAGCAUCACGCUCGCCACACAGCCAGCGACUCCGACCCGCACAAUAGCAGCCACGCCCAUCCAGCCUCUGUCCCACAGCCAGACCUCGCCCCCUAAACGCCUGGCCACGCCCAGUCUGGAGGAGCCCAGUGACCUGGAGGAGCUGGAACAGUUUGCCAAGACCUUCAAACAGAGACGCAUCAAACUGGGCUUCACACAGGGAGAUGUUGGCUUGGCCAUGGGCAAGCUGUACGGUAACGACUUCAGCCAGACCACCAUCUCCCGCUUCGAGGCCUUGAACCUGAGCUUUAAGAACAUGUGCAAGCUGAAGCCACUGCUGGAGAAGUGGCUCAACGAUGCAGACAACCUGUCGUCUGACCAGGCCCUGUCUAGCCCCAGCGCCCUGGGCUCCCCUGGCCUGGGUAUGGAGGGGCUGAACCGCCGACGCAAGAAGAGGACCAGCAUCGAGACCAACAUCCGCUUGGCCUUAGAAAAGAGAUUUCUGGAACAGAACCAAAAACCUACCUCUGAGGAGAUCACCAUGAUCGCCGACCAGCUCAACAUGGAGAAGGAGGUGAUCCGGGUUUGGUUCUGUAACCGCAGGCAGAAAGAGAAGAGAAUCAACCCCCCCAGCGGUGGAUACAGCAACACAGGGACAGGCAGCAGCCCCAUCAAAACCAUCUUCACCCCUACGAUCCCCCUGGUGGCCAGUACGGCCAGCCUUGUGACCAGUAACACACCGACCACACUGACUGUAAACCCAGUGAUGCCUCUCAACAGCACCAGCGUGUCUGGCCUGACCUUCACAGGCACGACCAUAGGAGCGACCACAAACACGGCAUCCGUCAUCUCCACUGCACCUAUGGUUACUGCGGUGACCAGCUCCCCAUCGCUAAGCCCCUCCCCCACGGCCCUCCAGGCCACGGGGACGGGCGGAACCCAGGAGCACACGGUGGUCACGCAGGCACCGUCGUCCCUAGCGACCACUCUGGGGACGGGUCAGGUGAUGGUGGCUGGACUGGGCCUGUCGGCCGCCCUGCAAGGUGCCGCCCAGUUACCCACCAGCGCUAGUUUCGCUGCCAUGGCCGGGCUUAACCAAGGACUUAUGGCGUCAUCGCAGUUCACUCCUGGGGGGGCCUUGCUGAGCUUGGCUCCAGGGGGGCUGGGAGGGGCUCUGAACACCGCCAUGUUGAGCAACAGCACCCUAGCCACCAUCCAAGCUCUGGCAUCAGGCGGCGCUCUCCCCAUCACCUCGCUGGACGGGAGCGGUAACCUGCUGUUCGCCAACACCUCCGCCGGCAGCACCCCCAACCUGAUGCAACCCCUCUUCCUGAACCCCCAGAACCUGUCCCUGCUCACCACCAACCCUGUCAACCUGGUGUCAGCCGGAGCUGCUGGGGGCGGGGCCCUGCAGGUCUCAGCUGACCACCAGGUCACCACGGCGACUGUACCAGUUCCCGCUUCCACCAUCACCACUGCCUCCAGGACCCAGUGAAGCUGGAGGCCUCAAAUGGAACCCUAUGCCCUAUUUAGUGCACUACUCUUGGUUAAAUGUAGCGUACGAUAUGUCUGGCUCUGGCCAUAUUAGGGCACUAUAUGGGGGAAUAGGGCUGUUGUUUGGGAUUUGGCCUUAGACUAAUGGCUCUACCCACCUGUUCCUCCUCUUCCUUCUCUCUGUCAUCUGUCAUUAUUUAAAUAUUUUGCUGCCACCAAAAAGAAACCCUCUGUGAAGCGGGUUGGAUUUUUUUUUUUUUUUUUAAUGUUGGUCUUUUUUUCAUUCUCUCUUCCCUAGUACUCCAAAAAUGAUGUUUUUGUCGUUGGACGCGGCGGGUCACACAGGAGGACUGGGGCGGCCAUUUUAUGAGGCAUGAUCAUCUUGAACUCUAUGGUUUGUGCUCCUUGUGUGACCCCUGACCAACGUCUUGGGAGAGUAAAUAACAGAGAAGACCCACCUUUUCUACUCCGUCACCUUUUUCACAAGUAGAGAUCUUUCUCUUCCCUGUUCAGAACUUCUUCUGAAGUACUUCUAACCAAAAAUGUGUGAUUUUACUUUUAAAAAUGUUAUUCUAACAAAAAUGAUUUACUACUAAGUUCACAAUCUACAUCAUCACUAAAAGGGGGGUUUGUGCGUCUCCCCUGUCUAGGUUGAGUUUAUUUAGUGUCAGAGGCUCUGUUGGAAAGGCCUCAGCACAAAAGUUUUAUUUUCGAGGCGUUCUCGUUUUAGUUUGUUUUCUCUUGUUUUUAUGUGAGUGGACAUUUUCAGAACUUUACGUCUAACAUUAAGUUUUAACUGCUAUAUAUAUAUAAUUGGUUUUAUCGUGGUUAUAAGGCUUUAGAAAUCUCGUAAUAAUAAGUGGCUGAUAUAACGGUUAUCGUUGCUUUAAGGAACAGGGUUAGCUGCGUGGUCUCUCUCUGGUCCUCUCUGUCUGGUAACACUGAGUUUGACAUUUCGCAGUAGCCCAGUGGCCAUGGAGCAUUUGUAAAUGGUAGUCUAGGUGCGGACCAUAGACACUGAUAUAAGAAAUGAUAACGCUUAGAGCUUUAACCCGGGUUACAUAUGGACCCAUGUCUGUGGGGUGUCG